CGCACUCGGAACCGGCGCCGAGCGCUCUCCUCGGUGCUGCGGUGCUUGACUUACUGCAGGGUCGCUUCAGUGAGCACCGCGGUGUCUCCCAAGUGGAGCGGUCCUUGCCUGCCGAUAGCGCCCUUACUUAAUGCUUUGAUUGUUUUCUCCUUGAAGAAGUCAGGAGGUUCAGGCCUCUCUCAAACAAGAUGCUGCGUGUGAAGAGCUAUGUAUUGCAUCGGUUUCUGUUGCUGGGGCACGAGCACCGACAUCUCAAGCUGUGCAGUACUAGUUCUGUUGAGCAGACGAGCAGCAGGAUGCCGCUGUCUCAGCUUUGGCUUGAAUCUGGUGUGUUUCUUCUCUUGUAGGUAUAUGUGUUCCCUGUCACUUUUCCAUUAUUCUGAGUAUUUGGUGAUUGCCAUCAAUAAUCCUAGGAGCCUUUCUUUGGACUCUUUCCUUCUAAACCACAGUUUUGAAUACAACCUAGCUGCUGUCUCUUCUUGGAUAGAGUUCACAGUUGAAAAAGUAAUUUAUCCAGAAAUGAAGCAGAUCACCUGGCUCAGUACUAUAGGGUUAUUGAUGGUGAUCUUUGGGGAGUGUCUGAGGAAAGCUGCCAUGCUCACAGCUGGCUCCAACUUCAACCAUAUUGUUCAGAAUGAGAAAUCGGAUACUCAUACUUUGGUGACAAGUGGGGUGUAUGGGUGGUUCCGGCACCCGUCUUACGUGGGAUGGUUUUACUGGAGUAUUGGAACACAGGUAUUACUCUGUAAUCCCAUCUGUGUGACUGGCUACACUUUAGCAUCUUGGCGUUUCUUUAGAGAGCGAAUAGAAGAGGAGGAGAUCACGUUAAUUCACUUUUUUGGCGAGGAAUACCUGGAGUAUAAAAAGAAGGUGCCAUCAGGUGGUGAAUGUUUCUAUUUGGAAAGAAUCAUCUUUCUCUCCAUCACAAAUCUCUAUAUGGCCAAAACCUGUUAAUGAGACUGUGAGAAGGAAAGUUGGUGAGAUUUCCCAGGUCCCUUUCCUGGUUCAAAAGUGUUUACAGUAGGGUUUUUGCAUUCUUCUACUUGAUUUCCAGCCCAGUAACUACUUCAACAUAAAGCUGAAUAUGACUAGCUUGUGGACUGGUGAUGGGAGGAACCUGGCUGUUUUAAUAGUUGGUUCACAUUAGUAUAUUUAAACAAGUCUGUUUGGGGCAGAUAAGAAAUGUAUCUUUUCUUGGCAGUUAUUUUAGAGUUUGGUAAGGUGACAGACCUUUAUGAAUCUCUGAAUAUGGCAUCUUUUAGAGAAAACAGCAGCCUGCAUAUAUUUUAUGGGUGUUUCUACUGUACUCAUUUGCUGUGUUUCCUGAGCUUGAAGUCUAAUGCAAUGAGUUACACAUCGGGUUUGAAAGAAAUCUGCAAGUUUUGAAUCAACAUGCAAAUGACAUACUUGCACCUGUGGCAGAAGAAGAAUUUUUUUCUGAAUAAUGGAAGUGGCCGGCCAGUAGCACCCAUGCUGGUUUUGUUGAAAAAGCCUCAUUGAAACAGUGGGAAUCCAUAUACUUUAAGUUGUGGUGAUAUAAGAAAACUUUGUAUGGUAUGUGCAAAUCCUACAGAAAUAGGAAUGGUCGCAGCAAAUGGUAUACUCUGAACAGAAGAGCAGCAGUUACCAAAAGCACCUUUUCAGUCUCCAGUAACCCUACUGAAAUUGUAUUUGAAUACAGUGGUGAUGUCCCAAAAGUUGAUGUUGAUAUUAAUAGUAAAUAUUUUACCCUGACUAACUUGAGUAUAAUUAAGUUUGUGCAGGGCGUAUCAGCUCAUCAAGGUGUUCACAGACAAAUGUUUGAAUAUUUAUAGCUCACUCUUCCAUCACUUCCAGCAAUACAUGAAUUACUCUAGGUUGCUUUGAAAAGUUGGUUCCCACUCAGCCCAGGGAGUACAAAUGUUUCAUGUUUAUGGAGUAGUCUCAGAUCUUCCUUGCUUUUCUGCAUGCUGCGUUGUGAAAAUUUCAAAUUCCUAGUGAAAAAGUAAAUUGGAAUUCCCCAGGAAAUACAGCAUACCUUUGAAAAAAAAUUUUUUUUUUUAAACUAAGAAAACUGAUGCCGUUCUGUAUGCUGCAGCUCGGAGUCCAAAAAAAAAUGGAAACAUAAACAACAAUUUUCUGCUUUGGUACCAAUGAGUAAAUGUUAGAUUUCUACCCCCUUCUUAAAGUUCACAUAAUUUCUUGUGCCUCUGACUUGCUUUUGUGAAGUUCUGUGAGGAAGGACUUCAGUUUGCUAUUGCAAACUGUAUGUAUACAGCUUGAGAGCUGCUUAUCCUGUAUAUAAUAUUAAAAAAAAGAAUCCCAUGAAGGAAGAGACUUGUCUUGUAUUUUAAAGCACCCUACCAAAUUCAGUUUGUCAGACAAUCAGAUUGGUGGCUGGCUGACUCUUAACUUGCAUUUAAAGGGCAUUAUGUUUAGGAUAAGUUUCAGAUUUGCCCAUGUUUAACAGUUUGCAAAGCAUAAUAUAUUUUUAAAAAUAGUUUUUAAUUUUGCAAUGUUUGGCUUUUAUCCCACUAUCUCCUGCAACGUUGGCAACUUAAAUACAAGCUAAUACAGGAACACUGGAGAGGGAAAUUGAGUAGUCAUUUUUCACUGGCCAAAGUUCUGUGAAAGCAUAAAUGAAUAACAGAAAUGAUAACCUAGUUUACUUCUUGGUAACUGAAAUAUGGCUUAGUAGAAAAAAACAAGGGAAACUUACUCACCGUAACAUCAUCUAAAAGAUAACUUAGUUGCUUUUUAAGCACCUAACUCGCCAAAUUUAGCUUUCUGUGAACACUUACAAUGUAAGGAAUUAACUGUAUUCUGAGUUCCGUGCUUUUGUUUUCUGCCUGUGGCACAGAUAACGUGUUUUGUGACAGUUGGGAUACAAAAUUUAAAUGGCACAGAGUAAUUGUCUAGCUAUUAUACUUUCUUACUAUCUGGAGUAGCUUGUUUUAUGUGCUUAUUGCUGUUGGUAGGGGUGCACCAAUAGAGAAUUUUGGGGCCAAUACUGAUGACCGAUUUUUAACGAGCCAUAUUAGCCGAUACUGAUUCUAUUCCAAUAUGCAGCUGGGCAGCAUGGAGAGUGGUGU